AAUUUUAGGCUAUAAAAACAAUAAUUUUAUAGGGCUGCUCUUUUUUAUAUUGCAUUAGGUUCUAUAACAAAUCAUACCAUUUGCUUAUUUAGAUUUAUUUGGAUUUAGAGUCGAUUUGAGACAAGAAAACUUUAAGGUGGAAAAAUCUUUCUAUGCCAAAAAACUGGAAUUUGAAGCUGUUGAAUUUUUAUAAGUUAAGGAAUAAAGAGUUUCAUUAACAAAAACUAAUUUACUUCAGAGAAAAUGUUCCUCGAGUUAUAUAAUUUAAAAAUAUUUGUACACUCAUGUGAUACAUUAUUCUGCUUACUGCUGAUUAUUUAAAACAUAUAUCCCAUCUGAUUUUUAAAUCUGGUUGCGUAUACGGUACGUGAUGCCGGCAGCGCACCUAACGCUGCGCGAGGAGGACGUGGUGCGACUUACCUUGGAGUUUUUGCACAGUCGUGAUCUUCACAUAUCGCAAUUAUCCUUAGAACGUGAGACCGGCGUGAUAAAUGGCCAAUUCAGCGACGAUGUCCUCUUCCUCCGUCAGCUUAUCCUGGAUGGUCAGUGGGAUGAUGUCCUGGAAUUUAUUCAACCACUGGAAGCCCUGCCGGAUUUCGAUAUGCGCAGGUUUACCUACUCGAUAAUGAGACACAAAUAUGUCGAACUGCUCUGCAUUAAAUCCGAAGCCAACGUUAUUGGUACCGGGGUGAAUGGUAGCGUGGAUAAUGCCGUGGAAGAAGUCGUCAAGGUUCUCAAUGACAUUGAAAAAGUUGCACCUUCAAAAGACGAGUACAGCAGUCUUUGCCUGCUCUUGACUUUGCCUCGACUCACUGAUCACCUUCAGUAUAAAGACUGGAAUCCUAGUAAUGCUAGAGUACAGUGCUUUCGGGAGGUACAUCCACUCGUGGAGAAAUUUCUACCUGGUGAUAGGAAAAGCUCGGAUCCAUCUCAUCCUGUUACCUCAGCAAAAAACGAUAGGCUAAUUCAGUUGAUUAUUAAGGGCAUUCUUUAUGAAUCGUGUGUCAACUACUGUCAGGCGAAAGCUACUGGUUCUAAGGAGAGUGAGCAGGUUGAGAUGAGUUUCUCCAGACUGCUCGAUGGCUCCGUCGGCUUCAGUGACUCGGAUCUGAGUUUGCUGUCUUGGCUGCAGAGUAUUCCACCCGAGACCUUCGCGGUUCCUUUUGCUCAAAGAACUUUGAACGUUGAUGUGGAGCGACUCGAGAGACCUUCGUUGGAGACCUCGUGGACUGAGCACAUGUUGAUCACGCCUAUUAAGCCAAAAACCUUCCCCCACAGUGCAAUGCCCUUCACCAGACCCAGAUCUGCAGCAGACAUGAUGUCUAGAAGUUUAGUGCCAGCUUUGGAAGCGGGUCUAGGUCCGAGGAGUCCGGGUCCGAAGAACACGAUGAUACCUUCGGCGGCGUUGAUGGCACUUUCCACUGGCGACAUCAAUCCGAUGUCCAGGUCCUCUUUCGCGAGCUUCCAUCUCACCGGAUUCAAGAAUAACAAAUUAAUGAACACGAGCGUCGAUAGAUUGUUUGAGAAUGAAGGAGAUGUCUUCCUCAGCUCUAGUUAUGCUGAGUUCCAACAGCUUCCUUCCAUUCAAGAAGCUAUUAAUGCAGCGCAACCUAAGAUUCCACCUAGAACGAGGGGACAGUCAAAAAGUCCGGAUGGUGGCAAAGUAAACCCUUCGGCGGCGUCUACGCCUGAACGAAGAUUGCCAGGUCGAGAAUCGCCUGCAUUAUCAACAGCCAGGAGUUCCAGGAGGGAUUCCUUAGCUGAUAAGCCGACAGGUGUCGUGGCUAAAAUCGCUGAUCCUCUCACUCAGCCGAUUACUACUGGAGACAACUUGGAUCACAGUUACAACGGCGAUCUUUUUAAAGAAUACCAAAAACAAAAGCAGAGGCUUCAGGAGACAAUACAGCAGAAAGAAAGGGAAAGGGAUGAGCUCGUUAGACAACUUUCGGCACCUGUUACCCCACAACUCAUUGACAACAGGUUGCAGAAUGAUGGGAUAAAACAACCUUUAGGAAGUAAAGGUCCAUCACCUGUGCAUACCGGCACGCCAGCUAGAUCCGGUAUUCAGUCACCCAAACCAACCAUCAAUGGAUCAGACCCAGUCACGAAGCAAAAUUGCAUGCUUUCAAAUAUCUAUGACUCGAGGAUUCCGGAAGGGCAUUAUGACAUCGUCAAACCGCUUAAGGACCCCAGACCGGAAUUGGAUGUGAGCAACGGAAGUAGCAAUGGGGGUCGACCCAGAUUUGUUCCAGUUACUGCUCUCGAGGAUGUGCAAGCCGUUCGUUGUGCGGAAUUUCAUCCCCAUGGAAAACUCUACGCUGUUGGAUCAAAUUCUAAGACUCUUAGAAUAUGCGCCUACCCCAAACUCAGCGAUGUUCGGGAAGACCAUGAGACCUAUCAACCGACUGUUCUCUUCAAAAGAACGAAACAUCAUAAAGGCUCGAUAUAUUGUUUGGCUUGGACACCGGAUGGGCAGCUGAUGGCAACUGGAAGUAACGAUAAGACAGUCAAAUUAAUGCGCUUUAAUGCCGAUACGUCCAAUCUUGAAGGUCAAGAAAUUGAGCUUACGAUGCACGACGGUACAGUCCGCGAUCUCUGUUUCCUGGAAGAUACUUCAAAUAAAUCUAGUCUCCUUAUUAGUGGAGGAGCUGGAGAUUGCAAGAUUUAUGUUACCGACUGCGCGACUGGUACACCUUUCCAAGCACUCAGUGGCCAUAGCGGACAUGUUUUGACUCUUUACAACUGGGGUGGUGCAAUGUUCGUUAGUGGUGCACAAGAUAAAACCGUCAGAUUUUGGGAUCUCCGGACGAGAGGUUGUGUCAACAUGGUUACACCAGCUACAGUUCCUGGAAGCAGAGUGGGCAGUGCCGUGGCUUCAGUUUGUGUUGAUCCUUCUGGAAGACUUUUGGUUUCUGGCCACGAAGACAGCAGUUGCGUUCUUUUCGAUAUUCGCGGUGGAAGGACAGUUCAGUGCUUCAAACCUCAUGCUUCGGAUAUCAGAAGCAUUCGAUUUUCACCGUCGGCAUAUUACCUCCUCACUGGAGGAUAUGACAACAAACUCGUAUUAACGGAUCUACAAGGUGACCUGACAAUGCCACUACCUAGUGUCGUAGUAGCUCAGCAUCAAGACAAAGUAAUUUCUGGUCGUUGGCAUCCGACGGAAUUCUCAUUUUUGAGCACCUCCGCUGAUAAAACAGCAACGCUUUGGGCUUUGCCACCCGUUUAAAUGAAAUAUUCUUUCAAGCUCUAAUUUUCUUUCAGUAAUGUGUCUUAUUUGUUAUUUUUAAUUCUCGUAAAGACUCGUUACGAAGAUUGCGUUCAAUUUUUUGCUACAUAACCCGAAUUUAAUAAGGAAUACUUUUCUAAGCAUUUUUUUUACGAAUUAGAUCUUCUAUUUGUUCAUUUUCAGCAUUAUGUACAAUCAAUUGUAUUCCUGACCAGAUUGAUUUUUAUUUUCUCAAAGCAAAUUAGUUGAACAUGACCAAGAAAGUAUCUUAUUACUAACUUCAGUUUAUCAUUUAACACGAGCCUUAAUUCAUUCACCCAUAACGGUAUAACUUUUGUUAUAGAACGCGGUUGAAAAAGAAAUUUGGGUUCUAUUGUAAGAAAGUUGAAUAUUGAGGACGAUUAUAAAAUGUGAUCAAAAUUUUACAAUUGUGAAAUAUUGCGUGCCUCUGAGGUAGGGACCGAAUGCGUAAAUAAAUUGGCAGGCGAAUUAUUUAUUGUAAAUCCCUAAUGAGGAAGAAUACUCUCGCUUCGGAUUAAGCAUUAAUACGACAAGUGCUUGUACCUUGAUAUUUUAUUCUUUUGUAUUAUUAUUAACUUCGUCCUGAUUGUGUACUGUAAAUAUGUUAACGCGAAGAUCCAAGAAGCACAAUCAGUCGUGUACAGACAACUUUAAAAAUGCAAACACUUCACUCGCUUGUAUUUUUUUCACCCGCUUCCGGUAAUAUUUAAUUUCCGUUGUGGAUUUCAUCUUAAAUAGGAAACGCUAGUGUAGCUAAUCUUUUUUGUUCCCUGAGUAAUAUUUUAUUUAGGAAAUUAACCAACUUUAAGUAACAGCUUUUUAUUAACUGAGCGUUUCCGGUUUCCAUUAAUCAUUCGUAUAAGUUUGGACGAAAUCCAUCUUGUGGAAAUCCGUUGUAGUGAAGCGUCUUACUUCCAGAUUCUACAUGAUAAAUUUACACAUUUACGAGUCACGCCAAAUAUCUAUAAAUAUACAUAGAAAAUAUUUAUAUAUUGUAGUUAGUGCGCAUAGAUUAAAAGCUACAUACAUAUAAUAUAAAAAUAAUAAAAUCGCACGUGCGUGGUGACUCUGUUGUUUUCUGAUGAACCAUUUUUCUAAACUUGACAAAAAUUAAAGAGAAAAUAUAUGGUGGAUGACAAUCGCUUGUUUGAAAGCGAAAGUUCAGAAAGGUCCGGAAUACUAACAUUUUAUUUAUAAUGCUUUGGCGUUGACAAAUGGUCUUUUUUAUGCUUUGGAUAUUGCAGUUGGUUC